UUGUGUGUGUGUGUGUGUGUGUGUGUGUGUGUGUGUGUGUGUGUGUCAGGGUCUUGCUGGGUCACCCAGACUGGAGUGCAGUGGCGUGAUCUCGGCUCACUGCAGCCUCAACCUCCUAGGCUCAAGUGAUCUUCCUGCCCCAGCCUCCUGAGUAGCUGAGACUACAGGCACGUGCCACCACACCUGGCUAAUUUUUGUAUUGUUUGUAGAGACGGGGGUCUCACUAUGUUGCCCAGGUUGGUCUUGAACUCCUGGACUCUCCUGCCUUGGCCUCCCAAAGUGAUGGGAUUACAGGCAUGAGCCAGGGCGCAAGUGUUUCAAAGGCUUUGUUCAAAGAUAAAAAAGAUAAAAUCUCUCUCCAGUUUCUGAACAGACAAACCAGAAUCCAGUGUGAUUAAACGGAAGAAAGGCAAAGAAGAGAACUUUUUAUGGGCACUUAGUUUAUUUUAUUAGGAAAUUUGGACAAGGUUACAUGAUAACUAAGAACACAAAAGCAAAAAACAAAGAAGCAUCGCAUGCCGAUGGGAAGAGUGGAACUAAGACGGAGCUGCAUAGGCGUGAGUACGUCCGUCAGACCAAACACGAGGAGUUGUGAUUUCAUUUUCCUGAGGUCAGUUACUUGGACAGUUACACAGGUGCUGCGCUGCUCUCAUAUUUUUCCAUGAGAUGGUUCCUAUUAGUUUGGUAGCUUUUCAGAUGGAAAGACAUGAAACACCAAACAAACACAGCAACAGAGUUCAAGACCAUAGAGGAGGGAGAGACCAGACAGGAUGGGAAGGAUGGGAGUCUUACCUACAGGACAGAUACCUGCAGCCCCUGCCCAGAGGCACGUGCCCUGCCUAGCAGCAGCAUUGCUUCUGGCAGCAGCACUUCUGCUGGCAACAGCCCUUCUGCUGGCAACAGCCCUUCCCACAGCCGCAGCCACACGAGCUGCAGGUGCGGCGGCAGCAGCAGAUCACGGGUGUGCUACAGCAGCCCCCACAGCAGCCGCGGCAGCAGGGGCAGCAGCUGGAGCAGCAGCCCACCCGGUAGCACCUGUAGGUGGUGCAGCUGCCACAGCCACCACCACAGCCAACACAGCCACCACCGCAGCCACCGCAGCCACCACAGCCACCACCGCAGCCACCACUGCAGCCACCACAACUUCCACAACCACAGCAACCCAUGGUGUCAGUAGAGAGGACUCAGGAGAAGUGAGGAGGGAGGACUCAGGAGAGGUGAGGAGGUCUGAUGCCUCCUUCUGCUCGGGGGAGGCCCUUAUGUAUCAUCUCAGGAAAAGGAAGAGGGAGUGACCCAGGACACAUGACCAGUGGUCACUUCCUUGUUGCUGCUGCAGUUUCCAUGAUAAGGUUAUCUAGGAUUAUUCUUUGUUUACAUCCUUAUGGGCUAUAUUUGACCCAAAACGUUUGCUCAUUUUCACUUGUCUCUGUUAAAACCAGAUGAAAAGCAAGCCAAGAGAUGCUAACAUUUAGGAGAGGAUCUUCAUUUUCUCAGAAACCAGUUGAAUCCUUGAGACUUCGGGUUAAGCCGGAACCCAAGGUUGCUGCCAGCUGCUUUUCCAUCUCUCUGCAAUGGCUUCUCUCCAGGAAAUCACCCCGGUUUCUUGGAAACUCCCGAGAUGCAAAAGAGUAAAUAAGAGCAUCCAAAUAAAACAUGUCGUUUUUGCAAAAGUGCUCACUUCCCAGCUAUAUUUCUGAGGGGAUCUUUGUAGUAAAUGACUUUUUUCUUUUUUGUUUUCCUCACAAUUUUCUAUGAUAAGGCUUGAAGCAACACUCCCUUCUCUUCUCGCUCUGUCCUCCCUCCCGGAUUGUUCACAUUCACACCCACGGUGUAGAUUUCCACAUGUGUAUUCCCUGGUUAGUUUCUCCAUGGAGAGCCUCCAGCUCAGACUCUCCUGCAGACUACAAAAUCCAUCAGUAGCCACUCCCCAUUCCAUCUUCUCCCCUUGGGGUUUCAGAGACAUCUCCAGUGUCACAUGCUCCAGACUCAAGUCAUAAUUCUCCCUGCCUGAUCACCAACUAUCCACCAGAAAAAAAAAACUGCGUUUUUCCUGCACUGCUCCAUAUCCAUCAAGGUACGAAUCCAUGUUAAAAAUUAUCUUUGAAUCUUUCUUUUCUCUUAAUUCCAUUUCUAGUCUUUCACCAAAUUCUGUUGCUUCUGCCUCAUUAAUAACUUCAAACCUAUUCAAGUAUCUGUAGCUCCACUGUCCCCACGAUCCCAGUUCAAGCAACUCCCUGACAAGUUGAAAAUGCUCUGUUUACUCCAAAUACCACAGGGACAGCUUGCAGUCAUUAAUAAACAACUCUAAUCAGCCAUAGGGACGUGGCAGCACUUUCUCUUGCUCAAAUUUCUGAAGAACAAUUUUACCAAGUCGAGAAAACAGGCUUUGGGCAGCGAGCCUGUUACAAAAUGAAUUGGAGGAUGAUCUCGUCUGCAGCAGAGAUGCUGGCUGCUGGCUGCUGAGCACUGACUGAUUGCCAGAAGCCUCUACCUCAGCACGCAUGGAGAAGACCCUACUUGCACUCGUAUUUUUCUUGCCUUUUUUACAGACUUUUUGUUGGUCACAAACUCUCAUGAAGUUUGUGAUCCACAAACCGUGUCCACAGACACAGGCUUCUCCUUGGAGCCAUAAACUCCUUUCCUUCCCAUGCUGGGCCUUCAUUCAGCUCAGCAAGCUUCUCUGACCUCUGGACCAUGCGUCCCUCGAUGUUCCCACUCUGUGCUCUCUAAAUAGCCCAAAAGCUUAUUCUCUAGGGAGCCCAGGCCAGGCUGUUUAGCACAGACUUGUUUCUGUUAGUCAUCAAUUGACAUCACCUAAUCAAGGACAAAAAUGAAUUCCUGGUGGGGCACAGUGGCUCAC